AUGGCACCGACUGGUGUUUCCAUGGCAUUGCCAGAAGUGUCACCAGCAUUACCAGAAGUAUUGCCAGCAUUACCAGAAGUAUUGCCAGCAUUACCAGAUGUAUCGCCAGCAUUACCAGAAGUAUUGCCAGCAUUACCAGAAGUAUUGCCAGCAUUACCAGAAGUAUCGCCAGCAUUACCAGAAGUAUUGCCAGCAUUACCAGAUGUGUUUGUAACACCACCAGGAAAUUCCACAGUAGCAGUGAAAGUUUCUGCAACACUGCUGGAGAUUUCUGCUUCAUCAUCAAAGGACUCUGGAGCUCCCUCAGGAGUUUCCACAGUACCACAAAAAAAUAAUAAAGAACAAAUGUACCUGCUGACUCGUCUCCAUCGUCAAAACGAUGGCAUGAAGACUUAUAGUAGGCGUGUAAAAAUACCAACUCUGCCAGAAAAAGUAAUCCUUGGAGCUAAGAAGUUUGCUCAAUGUGUUUCUCCAGCCGUGGUGCUUGUACAAUGUACACCACAUCAACAAUCUUCACAAAAUUCACCAUCUUCCCAAUCAAAACAUAGUUUGCCUGUACAAUAUUCAUCAAUACAACAUCAAUCAUCACAAAGUUUCCCUGUGCAAUACAAAUCAAAGCAUCAACAUCCCCCACAUGGCAUUCCUGCACAAUAUCCAGCAUCACAUAAACAACCCAAACAUCAUUCAUCUGCACAUUAUCUGCCACCAAAACACAAACCAUCUCGAUACAUUAUACCACCACAGCGAGGGCAACAUUCAGCAAGAUAUUAUUCUCGGUUACAGGUACUAAACAGGGAUAAUGUGCAAAAACAAUCUCACCAUCAGGGACCACUGCAUCACCAAGAACUACAUCAACAGCAAUAUCAAGGACCUCUGCAACAACUUCAGCAGCAGCAGCAUCAAGUGCCACAGCCGCAGCAGCAUCAAGUGCCACAGCCGCAGCAGCAUCAAGUGCCACAGCCGCAGCAGCAGCAUCAACAGCAGCAGCAUCAAGGGCCACAGCAGCAGCAGCAGCAUCAAGGGCCACAGCAGCAGCAGCAGCAUAAAGGGCCACAGCAGCAGCAGCAGCAUAAAGGGCCACAGCAGCAGCAGCAGCAUCAAGGGCCACAGCAGCACCAGCCACCACAGCAGCAGCAGCACCAGCCACCGCAGCAGCAGCACCAGCCACCGCAGCAGCAGCACCAGCCACCGCAGCAGCAACAUCAGUAUCAAAAUUUACAGCAGUAUAAGCAAAAUGAUGUACGUGUAUAUGUGCAUCCUAAGAGGAAACGGCACUUCACGUGUGAUUCAGAAGAAAGUUCACACCAACAAUCAAGUGUCCAGAGAGUGGGGAAUGAGUGUCAGAAUGACAUUAACCCAAAAUCACAGCCAAAACCAAAAAAGAAAAAUAUAAAAAAUAAUCAGAAAGAAUCCAAUAACUUUAUGCAUGUAUCAGAGUCGGUCUCGGAUGUCAGUGGCUUCAGUAAUGCAACAAGCAACAUGAAAACACAUUACAAUGUCUCUACAGCAGACAGUAUGCUUGGAAAGAGCAGCAUUGAUUGUAGAAAUCCAUUAACCCAAUUACAAAAUGCAAACAUUCCACAAACGCUGUGCAUUAUGUGCCAUACUUGUGGCAAUCGAGUAGAACGGAAAAAUUUCUUGGAUCAUCUGUUUUUUGGACGACUUCAGUGUUACCUUUGUUGUGAUACCAUUGUGACCUGCCAGAGAUUUAAAGAUAAAGAUUUUGAAGGAAAUUGCAUGAAGCACCCACAUGGUCAUCAUGACUUCAGCAAGUGGCUUGAAUGCCCUGUUACAUACUUAAAACAUUAUAUAAUGGAAAGUCUGACUAAUUUUCAAUUAUAUGGGAAUGUUAUGGGUCCACCAAAUUGGACUAAUGUUAUUUUAGCAAUCACUGACUACCUGAAUGAAUUAAAUAUUUUAGGGAAUUUUAAUCCUUGGAUGUAUGCCAUUUUGCAGUGUGAAGUAGAUAUGGACAGUCUCAAGCUAUUAGUUGAACCAUCCCUGGAUACUACUAAAAUAAAAUUUUCUAAUGAAUUCAGUCACACCAAACAGAAUACUAAAAUAACAUCCAGAAAUAAAAACAAAGCCAAUCAGAAAUCUCAAGAAAAAUGUAAAAAUAAAACCAAACUGAAUAACCGUACAAAAACAUUAGCGUCAAAAUACAUAAAUAAUCAUCCAGAUUGUCAAGCCAAGAGACGAGAGGAAAGUAGUUCUGUGAUGCAGCAAAACACCACCGAUGGCCCAAUAAAAGAGCCAUUGGUAGGUGAAUCAAAAUGUGUGAAAUCACAACAGCCGGGAAAAACUUUUAGUGAUAGCUAUGAGGAAAUAGAGUUGCAAAAAAUGCAAGAGAAAAAUAAAAUGGUCAAUGAUGACAGUGACAUAAAAUUUAAAGAGGAAUCCAGGGUAAUGUGUAACAAAGAACAAAGUGACAUUCCACUAUUACAUGCCAGGGAAAUGUUACAUCAAAAGAUUUAUAAGUCUCAAGGUAUGUUACACAAGGAACCUUGUAAAUCUGAAGUGACUCGACUACAGGUGGCGUGCAAAUCACAGAUAUUACAAGACGUUAAUGUAGCAGAGAAAGUAUCACAAUCUAUGGUUUGCAAGUCUAGUGUAAUUAUGCAGCAUGAAUUUGUCCAAUCAAGGGAUAUAUCGCAGCAAGUGACUUGUCAGUCUGAGUCAAUAUCCCAGCUUGGAAAUUUUCAAGCACAAGAACCACAAGUAGUGCUUCUUGCAGUGAAUUGGCCCCAGCUUGGGGCCGCUUCGGAGGCAACGCCCCAGCUUGGGGCCGAUUCGGAAGCAACGCCCCAGCUUGGGGCCGAUUCGGAAGCAACGCCCCAGCUCGGGGCCGAUUCGGAAGCAACGCCCCAGCUCGGGGCCGAUUCGGAAGCAACGCCCCGGCUCGGGGCCGAUUCGGAGGCAACGCCCCGGCUCGGGGCCGAUUCGGAGGCAACGCCCCGGCUCGGGGCCGAUUCGGAGGCAACGCCCCGGCUCGGGGCCGAUUCGGAGGCAACGCCCCGGCUCGGGGCCGAUUCGGUGGCAACGCCCCGGCUCGGGGCCGAUUCGGUGGCAACGCCCCGGCUCGGGGCUGAUUCGGUGGCAACGCCCCGGCUCGGGGCCGAUUCGGUGGCAUCACCCCGGCUCGGGGCCGAUUCGGUGUCAUCACCCCAGCUCGGGGCUGAUUUGGUUGCAAUGCCCCAGCUCGGGGCUGAUUCGGAGGCAACGCCCCAGCUUGGGGCCAAUUCGGUGGCAACGCCCCAGCUUGGGGCCGAUUCAGAGGCAAUGCCCCAGCUUGGGGCCAAUUCGGUGGCAACGCCUCAGCUUGGGGCUGAUAUUAAGUUAGUGUCGUCCCAGCUUGAGAGUGAUUUAUUGGUGGCACCUGACAAUGCAUGCACUGUGUCCUCAGAGGCAGCAGGCAUAAGAGUGCAGAAUGUUUCCAACUUGGCCACUACCACCGAAUACUCUGAGGAUAUGAGAAAAUCACCAAGCAUAGUUGAGAACCCAUCAGCAGAAAAUUCAAUUUUGUAUGCAGUGCUGCAGGAAACACUAAACAUAAAGGUUGAGAGGACGCAGUGUGCUAGCGAGAUGGUCACUGCCGAAAUGUUGAUCCCAGCAGAAGAAUCAAGUUUCAGAGAAAAGGAUAAGAUAAAAGAACAUAUGGAAACUAAGAAGACUGGAGAUGGAUUGACAGGCAUUGAAGUUUCACUUGUCAAAGAGGAAUACAGUCCAAGUGCAGUACACUUGACAGAACAAAUUUGCAAUAAAAUAUUUGUUGAUGGAAUUCAGCUUCCCAUGCACUUGGUGGAUGGUAAUAGGUUCCUGGUGGUAAGAUACCCAAAAGAGCAGUUACCAGAGGAGUGCCCUGAAUGCUAUUACUCCUGUGCAUCCAUGUUCACCUAUGACUGGGGUAUUAUAUUAAAAAUACUUGUUUGUCCAGACUGUGGCCUUACCAUUUUCAUUACUUGUGAUGAUGCUUUAGUAAAAUCACAAAAGUGCUAACCAGCUACUGUAUUGUAAAUAAAGUACAGUAUGUACACAUAAGAAUUUUCAGCUGACUACAGCUUCACUGUCAGUUUUGGGUUAUUCUUAUGUGACUGUGCUAUAUAUUGUAUACUGUACAGUACUCUUAUUCAGCCAUAAUUGAAAUUCAUUACUAUGGGCUAUUUUGUUUGCUUUUGCCAGUCUUAAGUUCUUAAUUGCUUAGAGUAUGACAUAUAACUCUGCUGUUCUUAUUUGGGUAGAUGACUGCAGAGAACCUGCAACUAUCUACUUAAAUAUACAUGAAGAAUGUUGCAGAUGAGGAAUCACAAUAACGUGGCUGAAAUUGUUGACCAAACCACACACUAGAAAGUGAAGGGACGACAAUUGACUUGAGAAUGGUCCAGGACGGACCGAAAUGUCAGUCGUCCUUUCACUUUCUAGAGUGUGGUUUGGUCAACAUCAAGAAUGUUUAUUGCUGUAUUUGUGUGUGGUAUCUACAAAAGUUUAUUUCUGGCACUUCUCAAGGUUGUGUUGUAUAUUAUACUGUAUAGGUGGAAUAGUACAAAUGUAUAUACCAAUAUGUAUAUAGACAUUACAAAAUUGGAGUGACCAACAUAGUGCUCACACUAAAAAAGAAAAUUAUGUGAAGCCCAUUUAGAAGUGCUCAAUUAGCAUAGCAGAAUUAAUACUAAAAACAUUUUGAUGCACAAAUAGCACAACAGUGAUUGCAUAAUUUAUAUAUAAAUUUGUUUCAGUUCACUGAAGUAAACUGCAAAACCAUAGUUUCUUACCAAGUGGUAACACAAGAGGUCUGCCAUAAAUGAUUGAGAGUACAAAGUUCAGGGUAUCUGUAUACAAAUAGAUUAGACAUAUUUUUCUAGAUACUAUAUAUUUCUGCUCUUCAUAUUACUGUAUAUUUGUAUAAAUAAACAAGUUUGUAUUCUUUCCAGUGAUCUGUUGCUCUUUAACUUCCUUCUUUAAAACCUUUCUAUAUGACAUUGUACUCUUGUCUUGCUUGUAAACCAAGCUCUGUAUAAACAUUUGUGAUAUAAAUGUAGUAAAUUGUAUAAAUCUUGAAAUUUUACAUCUCUUGAUAUCCUAAUAAGAUAUCUACUAAAUGCUGUAUAACAAGAACUUUCAGGAAACUGCAAAAUGAAUCAAAUGUACAACAAAUAAAUAUCAAUUUAAAAAUUGACCUGUUGUUUUCUUUGUUAAUGUUAAAAAUUUUGUGUGAUAAUGGAGCCUGCCUGUUGCUUAUUUUAGCCCAGUCUAGUACACAGCGAUACAUGGUUGAUACCUGGUUGAUGGGGUUCUGGGAGUUCUUCUAUUCCCCAAGCCCGGCCCGAGGCCAGGCUUGACUUGAGAGUUUGGUCUACUAGGCUGUUAUUAUAGAUAGUGCUAUACACUAUCGUAUAUCUCGUAUUAUAUAUACUGUACAUAUAUCGGCGUCACUGGUGAUUUGGUUUCAGUGUCUGGUUUUUAAUUUUGUCAAGAGUGGAAAAUGUAACUUCACACACGUCACUUAAAAAAAAGCAACAACAAAAUGCUAAUUAAAUUUAAGAAUGAUAUUCCUUUGAAACAUUCAAAAUAUUGAUGACGA